AUGAGUUGUAUGCUCCUUUCUCCCCCCUUCUCCCCAUCUAGCCAUGCGCUCACCUGGCCAGCCCAAGAUACACCCCAAGAUACGCCCCAGGCAGCCACGGCCUCUUCCGCCUCCGAGCAAGAGCCACUCCUAGGUAGACCCGGGGACGUCGCGCAGGGCGAGGACGAGAGUUUGCUUCAUAAUCUUGUUGCUGGUUAGUUUCAUAAACAUAGCUUGCCCCUCUAUCUAGUCCGUUGUAAACUGAUAGUUUGCGUACCUCAGGGACUUCUCCACUCGCACAGGUUGGGGGUUUGGUCGUGAGUCUUCCGAGCCACGAGAUCUCAUGGGAGAUGCCCCUGAGGUCUUUCUGCGGGGAUUCCCUAUUUGGGCUGGCUGACUUUGGCGACUAUUGUUGUACAGCUCGUGGGCUUGGUCUGGGGAGUUGUGUUUACGCAUCGGAUUUUGGUACCGUUUUCGCUACACCCGUUGCUUAAUUCGGUGAGUUAUCGACGAGCUUGGCCGGGUUCCGUAAUCUCCUUAGGAGCCAGUUGGUUAAUGUUUGGCUCCGUCUUGUUUAUUUAGCUGGCGAUAUUGUUCGCUCUUGAGGCGAUAUUGGUCUUGCAGCCUACGCAUACAACGGAUCAGAAACGGAAAGUGGGUCUUUUGCUGUGCUGGCGAUGCGGUUGAUUGGGGAGGGAAGGCUCUGGUUUGCUAAUGUGCGAAGGGUACCUAUGCGCACGCUAGUUUCGCAGCACUUGCUGCGCUGUGCUUUUACGGUGCUCUUGCUUCAGUCCUUGUGCACAAGAAGCGGACUGGCCGUAUGUUUUACUACCAUUUGCUUUCUGUUCCCGGGGGUCUGGAUUUUAAUGCUUCAUAGUACCUCACUUUGAAUCACCGCACGCUAUCCUUGGUGUGAUUAUAUACUCGGUCCUCCUUGUUCAGGCAUUUAUCGGAUUUACGCAAUACUUUGUCCCGGGCCUCUAUGGCGGUGUUGGUAAUGCGAGGGCUAUUGUGAUUCCCCUUGAUCGCCUUUCCGAUGCCGUGUUUCACUGAUAUUGAGUUAGUACAAAUAUCAUCGUGUCUCCGGAUAUUUCCUCUUAACUCUGUUCCUGGUCAACGUUAUACUUGCCACCUCGACCUACUAUGCGGGCAACAUCUUGGGCCUGAAGGCUUGGGGCGUGAUCUUAGUUAGCAUUUUGGUUGUGGCUGGUAGGCUAUUUAUUCGAGUGCUAAUGGUAACAAAGCUGACACCAGCUCACAGGCGUCUUCCCGCGUAUCAAGAAACAGAAGAUCCGGAUAUUCUAAAUUGUAGGCACCACCCGCACACAGAUGAUUUGAUACUUUCUUGUCAUGUCUUUUAGGGACUGGUUUGGGCUGGCUCAAAAACCGCGCCAAACGCCCCCGUUAGAACGCGGCAAGGGAGAUAAACUUCGGAUCCACAUUUCAAAAAUGUGGGGCGAGUCAUAUUUUCACUCAUUCAUUCAUUCCUUAGCUUGUUUAAUCGGCUGGAUUCUUGUUUGCUUUCUUGCCUGCUUACUUACGUAUUUGGGGAACUCGGGCCCGCGCGCUAUAGGACGCGGGAGUGAGUUCCACUCGAAAAAAGGGCGAGGAGGGGAUAACUCCCUGCAUUCUUUCAUUAUCAACUAUGCUGGCUUAUACUGUAAUUCAUCUUUGUCGAAUUGAAUUGAAUUUUUGCCU